AUGUCCGCCGAGCUCGAGCAUCAAGCUGCCUUUGAGGCCACCUUUCGGGGCUGGUUAUCCCGCCAAUUCACUACCCCAAAACCUUUACCAGACACUAUUGAUCUCAAAGGAAAAACCGCAAUUAUCACUGGAAGCAAUACUGGUCUUGGUUUCGAAGCAUGUCGACAGCUUCUCAAGCUAGGCCUUUCCAACCUCAUCAUGGCUGUGCGCUCUCAAACAAAAGGCGACGCAGCAGGAAGCAUCUUACGAGCGGAAUUCCCCCAAUCUACAGUAUCUGUUUGGAUCCUCGAUAUGGAGUCUUAUAAUUCUGUUACGGCAUUUGCGACCCGAUGUGCCACCCUUGCACGUAUCGACAUUGUCGUUCUCAACGCGGCCCUGAUCAAACCAUCCUUCACUAGAGCAUCUACUGGACAUGAGCUCACAAUGCAAGUUGUUUACCUUUCGACGGCGCUCCUGACAAUCUUGCUACUGCCUAUUUUGAAGGCGAAAAGGACCGCCGUUGGCGCAAGACCCCCAGUCAUUAUAGUUGUUGGAUCUGACCUCGCGUAUCGUGCUGACAUACAGACGGCGGGCCCUAUACUGGAGAAGUUGGACAGAAAUCAAGGUUACAGUCAAUUUUUAUGGUACGCAAAGUCCAAACUACUACUCACCUUCUUCAUAUCAAAGCUUGCCGAGUAUAUCGACCCCAACCAUGUAUUACUCAGCGUGGUCAAUCCGGGAACCACGCGAGGAACGGCCUUCCUACGGGAAUUCUCUCCGCUCCUGGCAAGGAUCGCAUUCGUAUUCCAGUACAUAUUUGCCAGACCUGCGGAUAUCGCUGCAACGACUUAUCUCGAUGCUUGCCUUGUGCGUGGUAUAGAGAGCCAUGGAUCAUUUAUUAGUGAUUGGAGUAUCAAGCCGUAA